UCCUAGAAUUUGAAUUAGAGAACAUUUUACCUAUCUUGUCCUCUACCAAGAACCAAUACCAGGGGCGAGCCGGCGGCGGCUAAUCUUCUCAGUCGUAGGGUCAUUUGGGACAAUGGGGGAUUAUAUGGGAUUCUCUGAGAUCCAGCUUCUGGGUGUUGCUGUGGCUGCUAUUGUUGUUGCUGCCACUGCUGCCUUUGUUAUCUCCUCCAAGAAAUCUAAAGGAUCCUUAAGUGCGGAUAGCUUUAAGAAAUUCAAGCUUGUGGAGCGCAAACAACUGAGUCAUAAUGUUGCCAAAUUUAAAUUUGGUCUUCCAAGUCCUACCUCAGUUCUUGGCCUUCCAAUUGGACAACACAUAAGUUGCAAGGGUAAGGACAGCCAAGGUGAAGAUGUGAUAAAGCCAUACACUCCAACUACAUUGGACUCCGAUGUUGGAUAUUUCGAGUUAGUGAUAAAGAUGUAUCCACAAGGAAGGAUGUCUCAUCAUUUCCGUGAAAUGCGCGUUGGUGAUUAUAUGGAAGUAAAGGGACCCAAGGGCCGUUUUAAGUAUCAACCGGGCCAAGUGAGAGCCUUUGGGAUGCUUGCUGGUGGUUCUGGUAUCACCCCAAUGUUUCAGGUUGCUAGAGCUAUCUUAGAGAACCCACAUGAUACCACAAAGGUGCAUCUUAUCUAUGCAAAUGUUACAGUUGAUGACAUUCUUUUAAAGGAAGAACUUGAUGGGCUUGCUACAAACUACCCUGAUCGCUUCAAAAUAUACUAUGUGCUGAACCAGCCACCAGAAGUUUGGAAUGGCGGUGUGGGGUUUGUAACCAAGGAGAUGAUCCAAGAGCAUUGUCCAGCGCCAGCAACUGAUAUUCAGGUUCUUAGGUGUGGACCACCACCAAUGAACAAAGCAAUGGCUGGUAACCUUGAAGCUCUGGGAUAUUUACCUGAAAUGCAGUUUCAGUUCUGACCUUGCAGUGGGAACUUUGCUCUCCCAAUUCUUUGAUUAAGUUGAGAUGCACUCGCGUAAUAUAGUCCUCACUUAAUCUGCUUUUGAUUGAAACUGUAAUAUAGAUGAGCAGCUGCUUACAUAACAGCUCUUAAAGCUUCAAUAAUGAGAAUAUUGCCAAUGAAAUUAUUCUUCAGUUAAAUUUUUGAUUUCAAAUUGCUAAUAUGUUAUAAAUCCAUCUGCAAUUUUUGUUUAA